AGGCGAAUUUGGUGUUAUAUUCUGAAAUCUCUCAUAGAUAAUAAGAGUCUUUAAAGGGCCUCUCCGCAAAAACGUCAGCCCACACGGAUCGAACAGAAGGCCCGGUUCCUCUCGCGGCGGCGGCGUCUCCCCCUCCAUCUCCGGCAAGGCACUUCACGUCUGACCCCAACAGCAGGCAAAUGGCAGGUGGCAGGGUUGCACAUGCUACCCUCAAGGGCCCGAGCGUGGUGAAGGAGAUUUUCAUUGGAGUCACCCUUGGGCUGAUCGCUGGUGGCAUGUGGAAGAUGCACCACUGGAACGAGCAGAGGAAGACUAGAUCCUUCUACGACAUGCUCGACAAGGGCCAGAUCAGCGUCGUCGUUGAGGAGUAGUUUUCAUGUAUCAAAUCUGAAGUUUGUCUCGUCUUUGUUUUUGCCAGUUACUUCCAAAACUCUCUGGAGAGCAUGACGAAGUGAAUGCUGUGGAGAUUUGUCAUGAAAAUAAGCAUAACCAUUUGAGACCA